CCUCCCUGGGAAAGACCAUGGUAAGGGCUCCCAGGCCGGGGCUGCUCAUCGCUGGGGACUGCCGCGCCCUGGACAGAGCCGCCUCCACGUGAGCCUCCCACCCCUCAUGAUGGACACGGUCUACAUCGUGCUGGAGCUGAUCAUCGCCGUGCUCUCCAUCGCGGGCAACGUCCUGGUGUGCUGGGCCGUGGCCAUCAACAGCACCCUGAAGAACGCCACCAACUACAUCCUGGUGUCGCUGGCCGUGGCCGACAUUGCCGUGGGCUUGCUGGCCAUCCCCUUUGCCAUCACCAUCAGCGUUGGCCUCCACACGGAUUUCUACAGCUGCCUCUUCUUCGCCUGCUUUGUGCUGGUGCUGACCCAGAGCUCCAUCUUCAGCCUGCUGGCCGUGGCCAUCGACCGGUACCUGGCUAUCAAGGUCCCGCUCAGAUACAAGAGUCUGGUGACCGGGAAACGGGCAAGAUGGCUCAUCGCUGUGCUCUGGCUCCUGUCCUUUGGGAUUGGACUGACCCCACUGAUGGGCUGGAACAGAGCCACUGCGGGGCUGGAACAGAUUGGCUGCCCGAAUUCUACUAAUAGCUCGCAGACCCAGCAGGGCUGCUUAAUCAGAUGUCUCUUUGAGAAUGUGGUCACCAUGAGCUACAUGGUCUAUUUCAACUUCUUUGGCUGUGUGCUCCUCCCACUCUUCAUCAUGUUGGGCAUCUAUGUCAAGAUAUUCAUGGUGGCCUGCAAGCAGCUGCGGAAGAUGGAGUUGAUGGGUAAGUCCAGGACUACCCUCCAGAAGGAGGUCAAUGCGGCCAAGUCUCUGGCCAUCAUCGUUGGGCUCUUUGCCUUCUGCUGGCUGCCCCUACACAUCCUGAACUGCUUCACCUACUUCCACCAGGACUUUGGGGACAAGAGGCCUGAUUGGGUGAUGUACAUGGCUAUCAUCCUGUCCCACGCCAACUCGGUCAUCAACCCCAUUAUCUACGCCUACAAGAUCAGGGACUUCCGCUGCACCUUCCGCAAGAUCCUUGCCAAGUACAUCCUCUGCAAAACGGAGGACGUCCCCAAGGGCUCCAAUGGCAACAGCCGGCACCUGACUGUCAGCAACCUCAGUUCUGCUCCUGUAUUUAUCUGACCAUGCCAGUCAUCCUGUAGCCUGGCCCUGACCAACCCAACCCUCCCCACCCCUUGUGCCUAUGUGGACAGUAGACCAGGAUUCUGAUGAGUCACACUAUAUAUUUGUACAGCUGUAUUUUUUUUUAAUAUAUAUUUUUUUAACCUAGCGCCUCAUAGGGGAAUAACAUUUCUGGGGAGACAGUGCCCUGCUUACCCUGUCUCCUGACCUUCGAGUUAUGGAGUGCUGGUCAUUGUAUUGCAUUUCCUUCUAGGUCAAAGGUUGAAUGUUGGAAGCCGCAUGUCCUGGGAUGGGUUUCCCCAGCUGGGCUGCUCAUGUCAACUCCCGGCCUUUUGGAUUUUAUUUAUUUAUUUUUUUUGGCUCACUCAGAAGGAUUUUUUGUUGGUGGUUCAUUUUCUACAUACUUGAUGCCACUUUGGUAAAUACCCUAUUUUUUCCAUCAAUUAUUUGAUGCAGCUAGUAUUCUCCCAUGGGAAAUAAUCUUAUGUAGCCCAGAUGCUGGUGUAAAACUGAAGCCCUGACCCAGAGUCAGAAGGGAUCUGCUGGUGUUAAUGGGAAAACAAGGCAGUUAAAUGGUGAUCCAGCCUCAUUCCUCAAACACUGCCCUGCUCGAAGUCUGAUAGUUGAGAGGAGAUAGAGCAGCCUCACAAUCCUGAGCUCCCCCCAUUCCAUAGGACUGACUACCCCCCCAUGCUCCAUGGAGUUUAGUAUCCCAGCUCUAGCAGUGAACACCUGCUACUUGACCAAAAAGCCAAACCCUGCUGCUAUUCACACUGAGGCUGAAUCUGUGGCCACUGAAGUCAAUGAAAAGACUCCACUGAUUCAUGGGCUUUGGGUCAAGUCCAUAGAGCUGGUCCUGUUACCCCUGCAGUCAAGGGCAAAGCUCACGCCGCCUUCAGGCGUGCAGGAUCCAACUGGAUGCUGCUCUGUGCGCUCAAGUGCUGCAGCUCCUGUUGGCCCUACGUCUAACUGCUGUUCUGAUGACCGUCAGCCCCCAGGGCCAUGCUGCAUUCCCGGUGCACUGUGGGGUGAGUUCAGGAUGUUGAGAAGCCUUUCUCCGAGCUUUGGGAGGUUUAUGUCUGUUUAGCUGAAGGUCGCGAGUGGGAUUGAAUUUGCCUGUUAAGUUAGAAUGCUCUUGUGCAAACAACGGCCCCAUAGAACAACACAGCCCUUUGGAACAGGCACUGACAUGAGCACAAGGUUUGUUUCUCGGGUGGUUAGACUGGGUCAAAAAUUGCUACACCCACAGCGCUGGCUCAGGGGCUAAUUUGCACCAUCUUGGCCACUGACUGUUCUAUAAUUCCACUGAAGGGCAGAGAAGCCUUAAUGUGCACUGAGGCUUAAUAACUCUCUGUAAGCCUAGCUUUUGGGGUUUUUAAAUGACUAAGCCUAUUUAAUAUGUGAACUGUGGUACAUACAAUGACACACAGGUGGGGAGAACUAUGGGGCGUUUGCUCCAAAGGGGUUGAAUGUGUUGAAGCUGUCAUUGAAGGUGCAAGGAGCAGUAGUGUAUAACUGGUAUGCCCUUCGGGGGGGCCUUUUGUUCUAAGGGGGCUCAAAAAUUCCAGUAAAACUAGUCCCCCUCUCUCCCCAAAAUCUGACUUUAACAGGCAGAGCCUCAAGCCUACAGCUGUGAGAGUGUAUGACACGGACAGGGAGAGCACAAAUGGCAAAAGGGCCGGAUUUCCUACCAGACUCCAGAUGGUCCAUUAAAAAUUAUACCCAGUAACAGUGCUAAUGGAAAGAAGGAACUGGCUUGUUACAAGGCAAACCACUGGCUAGGUCUGGAAACUACAGGCUUACGCAAGGGCUGGGUAUCCACCUUGGUGCUGCAACCCUCUUCUAAACUGGAGCCUUAGGAGAAGGUUCUUAAAGUGCCAGUGAAGUGGCAAAUUUAAUCUCUGAACCACUUGGUACCUUGACAUGUGACCACCAGAGAGCUGUAGUUCAUGCCUGUGUAUUUAAUAUGGUCUCCGCUGGGCAGCUCUCAUAUGCACAGCCCAUGCUCAGAGACAGGGAUGGGGAUGUAGGUUCUCAGAGCUGCCCCUCUGUGCCCGGGGGGAGUCUGUUGGGAAGGAAGUGCUAUCAACGUGAGCGGCAGAAAUGGAAGCCAAAGCCCUCUCCUGCCAUUCUUCACAAUGCGGUUGCUGUGAAGAGGGCAGGUAUGGGAAGGCUAGAGCUGUCUGUCAUUGGUACUUGAAUAACACUGUAGCCAGCUUUGUUUCUUUGAGUUUAUUUUGUACUGCACUGCAGGGAAUAAGAAAAAAUUCCCUCCUAUUUCUUACACUAAGUCUCUGACCUGACAGGGUUCAAUGUGGGAGGUUGCUAUAGGUCAGCGGUGUGAGACUGGGGGUUCCUGGGACUAGUGGACUCUAACCAUCCGUUGUGCUAGGAGAAGGUUUAGCUGCCCUUCAGCUACAAAGGGCCAGAUCCCAACCUGAGUGAAUCCCAACUGUGAUUUUGAUGGUAUUGCACCUGCUGACAUCAACUAAUAUCCAGUCCCAACUUUAGCUCCAGUCAGCCUGUAUCACAAGGGUUAAAAUUACAGCCGGGUCUUUAUCCUUCCCUUUGCAGAUCAUCUCUGCUGCAACUUCCUUGCUCCCUGUCUGUCCAACAGAUGUGACCACAUCCUGCCUUCUCAGGACUCAUCAUCUCAUUUCAACCUCUCUAUUGUCUUUGGCCUUAUUGCUCCUAUUAAUCAUGGAAGGGAACAGCCAGAGUCUCACCUGUGGGUCGGGGAGGGUUGCAACCCAAAUAUGUGAUUGCAACACAAACCAUGAGUGCUGGCCUCCCUCUCCUUAAAACAAAUCGCAAUCUGGAGUGCAUGAAAGAGAGAGCAUAAUGCAAAGUACUAAAGCAGGGUACCAGCAGUUAGUUAAUAACUGAUCAAGGAAUAUCUGUAGGUGACAGUUUACACUGCAGGCCAGGAUCCACUACAAGCCAGACUCACUCAGAGGGACCUUUGCCAUGUGCUGAUGUCACCAUUUCCCUAGCUGGGAUGUGUCACUGGGGGGUUCUUUUAAUUAAAUAAGUUGUUUGAAAGAAAAAAAAAACACAGCACUGAAGAUUUCUAAAAACGUGAAUCCAAGUAAAAUGGCAGAGGAACCCUGCACUGGCCGUGUCUGUAGCUGUUCACAUGUCCCUUAACCCAUGUGUUCCUGAUGUAUACAGGAUGGAUGGUAUUCGCCACAUGUUACUUGGGCUGUGUAGUUACAGUAACUUUGUUAUUGGGAUACAGAAUGAAUACUUACAUUUACCACUGAAAACAACCUAACUCUGUGCCGUGUCAUUUCUUUGGGCACGCCCUUGCACGAGUGAGACAUAGCCAGGUGCCCCACCCUACCGAGCUCCGGCCAACAGACACAAAGCUCAGUGUGGAGUUGGGCUCUGGGUCAUUUGGCUGUGGGAUGGGACAGAGCAGUGGCUCUAUCCCUACUGCGUCACUAAGGCCUAUAACUUGAAGAAACAUUGUUUAAUUCUGACCAAAAUUGGCAGAAAGCUUCCAAAUACUGUUGAUAAUGUGACUCUGUACUCAAAAUAGGGCUGGUUGGGAACUACUUAGCCCCUGGGGAGAUACUUUAUGUAUUUCCCAGUACUCUGCUGCCGUCACUUAAGGCAAAGUCUGUAGUCACAUGACAGGAUGAGCUUGUUUGCACCAUGUAAUACAUCAAAACAGUAAUUUUCAGAAUGGACUUUUAGAUGCCUAGAAAAUCAUCAGCACAAUGCUGGGAUCCCCAAAGCCUGAGUUAGAUGCUUAGGCUUGCUCUGCACAGGUGGGAAAGAGCUGGGCAGCUAAGACUGGGACUUCAGAAGCCAGCCCCCCAGUCAGGCAGCUGCCUGAGCCAGCCAUGCGGUGGGGGUGCUGAACCCUGCCAUUUAUAGAGCUUGGUGCCUCUCUCACUGAGGGAUCCACAGCAGGAACCCUGCUCCUGGACUUGAUCAGGUGAGUUUGGUGCUAAAUGGGGGAGCUCCCUGGCUUUCUUCGGAGGUCUCUGCCAACAGUGUAUCGUAUAUGCUUGUUUGGCUUAAUGUCACCAGCUGAGCAGCUACCAUCAAAAAUAUGUUUUAUAAUUAAGGGGUAGGAGUCUUAUCAUCUACAUAACUUCAUAAAAAUAGCAGACAAAAGCAUUUCUCAAAUGAGUCCAUUCUACAAAUACUGUGAGGUAUUACAUGGUACAAACAAGCUCAUACUGUCACGUGACUAUAGACUUCUGCUUUAACUGAAGACAAAAAAGUAUGGGAAAAUGGAUAAAAUAUA